AUGGUGGUUGAUGGAUUAUGUAAGAUAGGUGCAACUUCUCCUGGGGACCAAGUGCAGUUUUUGUCAAGCCUUCCAAGCUCUGUUUUGUCUAGCCUCGAAGCUGACUCUCUUCAAGCUUCUUAUCAGAAGACUCUCUCUAGAACUGCUUGUAAUAAAUUAGCUAGCUUAGGGAAUCUCUCUGUACUAUCUAGUUCCCUUUUUGCAACUGCUAAGUUGCCUAUGAAUGCUACUGUUGUUCUUGGUGUUGAUAUUAAUGGCAUUGGUGGUGGUGUUAGUUGUCUUGAUGGUCUUGGUGUAGGUAUUGAUGGCAUUGGUGGUCUUGGUAGCGCUGGUGAUAUUGGUGGCAUUAGUGUUGGUGGUGUUGGUGGUCUUGGUGGUGUUGUUGGUGGCAUUAGUGAUGGUGUUAGUGGUCUUGGUGGAAUUGGUGGUAGUCUUGGUGAUCCAUUUUUUGCAAUAGGUGGAACAUCUAUUGGGAGAUAUUAA